AUUGAGUUUACGCGAUCAAGGAAGUGGUCUAGAACAGCAAUGAAACCUCACGUGCAGGGUGCUGUAGCUUUUUGUUUCUUUGAAUAAUCAUGUGAAAAGGUAACAAGCUUUCUCGGUAAUGCGUUGAUAAAAGGGGGAGUUUGUUUGGUCCAUUGGUAACGUAGUGUUUCUUCUUCUUCUUCCACCUCAACUUUCUUCUUCUUCUUCUUCUCUCCAUAUCUCUUUUCCUCUUUCCACUCUCAACCUUCUCUCUCUCUCUCUAUAUAUAUAUAUAUAUCAUCUCCCACAAAAAAAGUACUGUGUUCGUGACUUCGUGCUCCAUUGCUAGCUACAGGGAGAAGUUUUGUGAGAAAAGCUCACAAAUAAUGGCGCUAGAGGCUGUGGUAUUUCCGCAAGAUCCGUUUCCGUACGCUUGCAAGGAUUAUUUUUACUCCUUAGUAGGAGCAGCACCCGAUUACGGUUUUCAAGCGGCGGAAGAAGAGAAACUCCUCUUAGGAAUCAUCAACAACAACAUAGAAGACAACCUAUACACAACCUGGGAUUCUUCUUCUACCUCGGUCUUGCAAAAUGUGAAGGAACAAUGGGAUUCUCACUCCUCCCCCGAAGCCUGCACUGUUGAUGAAUCCAUGAUCCCACCUCUUUCUUCCACAGCUGAAGCCACCGCCACAACCACGACUCGGCGGAAACGGCGCCGUACGAAGAGCGCGAAGAACAAAGAGGAAAUCGAAAACCAGAGGAUGACCCACAUUGCAGUUGAACGGAACCGCAGAAAGCAGAUGAACGAGUACUUAGCCGUACUCCGAUCCUUGAUGCCCUCCUCUUACGUUCAGAGGGGUGACCAAGCGUCUAUCAUCGGAGGCGCCAUUAACUUCGUGAAGGAGUUGGAGCAGGUUUUGCAGUCAAUGGAGGGUGAAAAGAGACGGAAGCAGGGUGAAGAAGAGAAUGUUGGGUUGAAUGGGUGGACGACACCCUUUGCCGAGUUCUUCACGUUUCCUCAGUACACGACACGUGGCAAUCAGAAGCAGGAACAGAAACAGUGGGCCGUAGCAGACAUUGAAGUCACCAUGGUCGAUAGUCAUGCCAAUCUAAAGAUUCUCGCGAAGAAACAACCCUCCCAUCUCAUGAAGAUCGUUCUCGGCCUUCAAACUCUCAGACUCACCAUUCUCCACCUCAAUGUCACCACUCUCCACCACAUGGUCCUUUACUCCAUCAGCGUUAAGGUAGAGGAGGGUUGCGAGCUGAACACGGUGGAUGAAAUUGCGGCGGCGGUGAAUCAACUGUUAGGCACAAUCCAAGAAGUUGCAUUCAGCUGAAUUAAACUUAAUUAAUUUUGUUUUAAUUGAUUUAAAAAUAUUCUGUAUCCUUCUCCUGUUGGAGUAAUUUGGGAUAUAAGUGAUUGUGUCCGUUGCAACGUGAGAGGGGGUUAACAACGUUGUUCUAUCCUCUCUUUUUUUCUUUUCUUUUUUUAAUGUAGUUGAAAUGCGUAAGGCUGUAUCUACAUCCCACUGCCUAACAAGUUUCGCUGAAAUACAAGUUCAUUUCAAUAAGCUGGGAGUUACU